GUCGAAAAGUUGUAAAUAAAAUGUUUCAACCUUGUUAUUCCAAACUGUAAAUCCUAUCUUUGUUUAGUGCAAGUAAGUCUUGUUAUUAUACAGCUCAUAGAAAGUACAAAAGUAACAGUAGAACAAAUAUGAAUGUGACUUUGGGUGAACCUGACUACGCUCACACAGAACUGAAUAUCAUACUUAUCCCAAUUAUAAUAAUAUCUCUCUUUUGUAACUUACUUGGCAUUUACUUACUAAAACAACAAAAACCGCAACAUCGUACCAAUCAAAGGUUGAUCAUGAUUUCCAUGAGUUUAGGUGGAGCAAUUAGCGCAUGUGUUGAUAUUGUUUCUACACUUGGGUAUAUUUUCGGAUUAAGUGAAGACGCUUUGAGUGUUUGUUUAUACCUUUCUACAGGGAUGGCUGUUACAUAUUAUAGUAUUUUGUUGAUACUAACAUGGGAUAGACUGUUGGCAUGUGUGUUUCUUCUAAGGUAUCGUAGUUUUGUUACAACAAUUAAAGUAUCUGUCGCUUUGCUGAUUCUUGGUGGAAUUGCAGCUAUUCAAUUUUUCUUUAUUGGUACGGUUAUAUUUUACAGCAGGUGGAACAAGUACGUUUACUUGUUUAUAGAUGGAAUCGUUCUUCUAACGGUUUUCACGACGUACAUAUAUAUUGUAUGCAUUACUACGACGAAACGCCGACCUGCGAAUUCCAAUCCUAGAAGGAAUCUUGAAAAGAACAUAGUUGUUACAUCUAUAAUAGUUUUUACUUUUCUUCUACUUGUGGCGGUUCCUGAUGCACUCUACGUUUACCGGUUUUCCAUUUUUAAAAUUGAAGGCAAAAUGGUAGAAGGAAUCGUACCCAUUUGUUGGCAAAUUAAUUACAUCAUUGAUCCCUUUGUGUAUAUUUUUCUGCAGAAGGACAUUCGAGAAACAUUUCGAUGCAAAAUCAUAAUAUUACGUCGUAAAACUUCUUGCUUGCAAACACAUUCAUCUAAACGCCGUCAACAUGGUAACCAAUGCUUUGCACCUAGCAUCAUCGAAGAAGCAAAGGUUCAUCAUAAUAUCACUUUGUACGACACUAAUAUUUAAAUUUAGUUUUACGCAUUUCGAUUAUUGAUCAACAAUUAAUUUUUGUUUAUAUUCAUGUCUUAAAAGGGUACGAAUAACGAGCAAAAAAACAAACAAAA